UGAUAAACAGCCACUGAGAAGCCAGCCUCCAAAGAACUGAGAGGGAUUCUCUCGUCUGCACACCCAAGCCUAGGAGGAGAAACCAGCCACCGCGAUGGGCAGGCAGAAGGAGGUGCUGUCAGCAGUGGGGCAGAGGCUGAAGAUCAGGAAUAAACUCAUCCGGCAAGCUCUGGCCGAAUGCUUGGGGACCUUGGUGCUGGUGUUGUUCGGCUGUGGUUCAGUGGCUCAAAUCGUCCUCAGCAGAGGAAGCCAUGGGGCUUUCCUGACAGUCAAUCUGGCUUUCGGUUUUGCAGUGACGCUGGGGAUUCUCAUCGCUGGACAGAUCUCAGGUGGCCAUUUGAACCCAGCCGUCACCUUCGCCAUGUGCUUUAUGGCUCGGGAACCGUGGAUAAAGUUGCCUAUAUAUACUUUAGCGCAGACCAUCGGCGCGUUCUUGGGAGCUGGCAUCGUUUACGGCUUGUACUUUGAUGCCAUCUGGGCCUUCGGGGGUGGAAGCCAGCUGUUUGUCGUAGGUGAGAAUGCCACAGCUGGGAUUUUCGCCACGUACCCUUCACAACACUUGAACUCCGUGAACGGAUUUUUUGACCAGUUUAUUGGCACAGCAGCCCUGCUUGUCUGUGUUCUGGCGAUCGUCGACCCCUACAACAACCCAGUCCCCAAAGGUCUGGAGGCCUUCACCGUCGGAUUUGUCAUCUUGGUAAUCGGAACUUCCAUGGGCUUCAACUCCGGCUAUGCCGUCAACCCAGCCCGAGACUUCGGGCCGCGCCUCUUCACAGCCAUCACUGGGUGGGGCACGGAAGUUUUCACGACAGGCCGGCAGUGGUGGUGGGUGCCCAUCAUUGCCCCUUUCCUUGGAGCCAUUGCCGGCGUGGGGGUCUACCAGCUGAUGGUCGGCUGCCACGAUGAGCCGCUCCCUGAAGCUCACGACGACGAGGAAACCGUCAAGCUGUCCAAUGUGAAGCAGAGAGACAAUGUUUGAAGGCGCGGGGGGGGGGGGGGGGGGGGAGCGACUGUCCCUCAGCGUGCCAAUGGACUGGUUUUUUAAAAAAUAAAAAAAUGUAAUCGGACUGCGACAACCAAUGAAAAGAGAGAGGAAAAACGACCGGCAAAAGGAA